AUGGUGGUCCUUAUUUCGAAGACAGAUAAUGCUAAUAUGCCUUCUAAGUUUAGGCCGGUCAGUUUAUGCCAAUCUUUUUAUAAGAUAGUGGCCAAGGUGUUGAUUAACCGCCUCAAACUUGUGUUGAGCAGUAUUAUCAGUGAACAGCAGGGGGCUUUUGUUCUGAGAAGGUCAAUUUCUAGCCAUGGGAUGCUGGCUCAGGAGAUGAUGUGCAAAUUCAAAUGCUCAACUCAAAAGUCUAGGUUGAUGGCUUUGAAAGUUGAUAUGGAUGUGUCACUCGGCCUCGAUUUACACUUCUUAUUAAUGGGAGUCGAACCCAGUGGAUUAAUGCCAAGAGCGAUCUCCGACAAGGGUGCCCGCUGUGACCGUAUAUGUUUAUUUUCUGUUCUGAACUAUUAUCCAAAGCUUUUCGCUAACCGUAUUAAUGAUAUUCGUAUUAUUGGUUUGCUAGAUGACUAUUGUGAUUGGACGGGUCAUAGGAUUAAUUGUGGUAAGUCUGCUAUUCUCUUUAAUAAGAAAUGUCCUAAUUCGAAGAAGAGAAUGCUUGCCAAACUGAUGGAAUAUAGAAAGGUGAACUCUCUUGAGUAUCUUGGACUUCCAUUGGUCAUGAGGAAACUUGUUGCUGCAUAUUUUGCUAAGGUUAUGAAGGCUGCUCAAGAGAAGAUGAAUGUGUGCGAAAAGAAACAGCUCUCGGUGGCGGGUAGAGCUUUAAUGAUUAAUACGUCGUUAUUAUCAAUCCCUAUAUAUCUAAUGACUCAUACUGUCAUUCCUAAUGGGGUUCUAAACUCUAUUGAGAGGUUGGUAGGACGAUUUCUUUGGCAAAAUGAUCCAAACAGCAGAGGUAUGCAUUAUGUGGGGUGGAAAGAACUGUGCAAACCGAAGAAUCAAGGAGGUCUCAAGCUUCAUGAUCUUCUCGUCUGGAAGUGUGCUCUCCGCGCUCGGGUUGUAUGGGACCUGCUCCAGCAUCCUGAUUCCUCCUUGUAUAAAUUUUUUUUUACUAAUAUUGGUAUGAGGCUUUGGGAUAAUACUCAAGGGAAGAACAUCUCUAUUACCUGGAAGGUUAACCAGGAUGGAGCGAGGGCCCUCCAGCCUAUUCUGAGAUGGAAUAUUGGUAAUGGUAUUCAUAUUGAUGUGCUCCAGGAAUGGAUCUUGGACCGUAAUAUUGCCAAGUGGCCUACGUUUGUGAAUGUGGAUGAGUGGAAUGAGGAUAUGAUAAAGCGUUGUUUUGGGAACAUUAUGGCAGAGCGUAUCUUGGCAAUUGAAGUUUGUAAUGAUACCCACGUGGACAAUCCUGAGCUCAUUCAUGCUAGAAUGGAUAUGACGGUUACUGCUAUGGCUUAUAACCUUAAACUACAUCCUCGGGAGAGGUUUUUCUGGUAG